UAUUUUCAUAUCUUGGGGUGUUUUUUUUUUACGUGAUCUUGAAAAGGUUACUUUACUCUUUGGAGAUGAAUGGGCGAAUGAACGGUGGAAACAAGCACGUUUGGCAAAGGAAAACAGUGGGUCUUGAAGGCCAGAAGGUUUUGAAGGAGCAGGAUCUUAAGCCAGGAUAGUUUAAGAGGAGGCAUUUUUCCUCCUUGGAAUACAGGAAGGAAGGCAGACAGUGCAAAGGGAGCCAAGUUUGUGUGUGCAUAUUUUUCUCUGAAAAGGGUAAGCAUGUUAUUUUGAUGACAGUUAGGGGACAGUAGAUUUGAGGAGAAGGCUCGAAACAGGUGUUGCAGGAACUGCUUAUGGAAGAAUGUAGCUCUGGAGGCAGACUGGGUUUGAAUGGACAAAUAACUUCAUUUCUCCAUAAGCCUCUAUCUCCUCAUCUCUAAAAGGAAGGUAAUAAUACCCCGUCCCUACCUUCAUCUGGUUGUCAGGAGCUAGUUGAGGGAGGGGAGUAAAAAACCUAACUUGGGACCUGGCACAUAGGAACCACUAAGUAUUACCUGUUUUUCAUUUUUGGAGUUAACGCAGGCAGGUGAACAGUGAGACGAUGUUCAGAUCAGCCUGAAGGGCUUCCUCAGCACUAGUGGUCUGGCUGCAGUGGUGUACUAGAUCAGAUUAGGAGUAAAAAUAGCGCAUCUCUACUCCCCACUGAUUUAUCACUUGCUUUUAGAUAAAUCUUCUCCCUCUCUGAUUCUUUGGUUUCUCCUGUCCAUAAAACGAAGGCUUUGGACUGUUAUGUUAGAUGCUGUUGAGUUGGUUUUGCCCAGAGACUCCACGUGAUUGAGGACUGUCCCAUAGAGUGUCCUAGACUGUAAUCUCUAUGGAUGCGCAUCUCCUGGUCUUUCUCCUAGGAUCCUCUGAGUGGGUUUGAUCUGCCAACCUUUCUUUCCCUUAGCAGCUGAGCGUUUAAUCAUUGUUCCAUGGACUAGAUGACCACCAAAGGCCCAGUCAGCAUCAACAUGCUACAGCUCUAAACAGAUAAACCUCCCAUGCCCCCUACUCCAUGCUCCCAGAUACCUCUAAAUGACCCCUGUCCACAUACAGUCACAGCGAGCACCAGGGAUACACAGGUACGCCUUACAGGAGGGCAGGCUUUGAAAUGUCCUCUCUCAACUGCUUCAUGGCUGUACUCACUGGUCCCUUGGCAGCUGGUUGUAGAAGCUCAGCCGUUCUGGUCAUCUUUCAGUGCCACAGCUAGCCAAGAGCAGGCCCGACACAUCUUGAGGGUGCUUGUAAAAAGCCACCAUGAAGAAGCCACGAGCAGCCGGGAGAAGUCACAGGAAGAAAGCAUCUAGCCAAGAUCGAGGGGAGCAGUGUGGCCCCAGCAACAGCCAGGCCAAGCUUUCUGCCCCUGAUGGUCUGGCCAGGCAGCAGGAGAAGGUGGUGUUGCAGGCCUCUGUCUCUCCGUACCACCUGUUCAAAGACACUGCUGAGGUGAAAGCCUUCCGGGAGGGCCUGCUGCGCUGGUAUGACCGAGAGAAGCGGGAUCUACCCUGGAGGAGGCUGGCAGAGAGCGAGGUGGACGGGGACAGGAGAGCCUAUGCUGUGUGGGUCUCAGAGGUCAUGCUGCAGCAGACCCAGGUGGCCACGGUGAUUGCUUACUACUCCCGAUGGAUGCAGAAGUGGCCGACACUGCAGGACCUGGCCGGGGCUUCCAUAGAGGUGGUGGAGGAGCUGGGGGGCCAUGUGCCACGAACAGCUGAGACGCUGCAGCAGCUCUUGCCUGGCGUGGGGCGAUACACAGCCGGAGCCAUCGCUUCCAUCGCCUUUGGCCAGGCCGUGGGUGUGGUGGACGGGAACGUAGUGCGGGUGCUGUGCCGCGUCCGGGCAAUUGGCGCCGAUCCCAGCAGCCCCCAUGUUUCCCAGAAACUCUGGAGCUUAGCCCAACUGCUGGUGGACCCAGCCAGGCCAGGGGACUUCAACCAAGCCGCCAUGGACCUGGGGGCCACCGUGUGCACGCCACAGCGCCCACUGUGUAACCAGUGCCCUGUGCAGAGCCUGUGCAGAGCCCGCCAGAGGGUGGAAGGGGAGCAGCUGUCUGCCUCCCGCAGCCUGCCGCCCAGCCCCGAUGUGGAGGAGUGUGCUCCCAACACUGGACAGUGCCAGCUGUGCCCGCCACCCACAGAGCCUUGGGAUCCAACCCUGGGAGUGGUCAACUUUCCCCGAAAGGCCAGCCGCAAGCCCCCCAGGGAGGAAUGCUCCGCCGCCUGUGUCCUGGAGCAGCCCGGGGCCCUUGGAGGCGCUCAACUUCUGCUGGUGCAGAGGCCCGGCUCAGGCUUGCUGGCAGGACUGUGGGAAUUCCCAUCAGUGUCUGUGAGUACCGAGCCCUCAGGGCAGUGUCAGCGCCAGGCUCUGCUGCAGGAGCUGCAGAAGUGGGCUGGUCCUCUCCCGGCCACCCACCUCCAGCACCUCGGGGAGGUCGGGCACACCUUCUCUCACAUCAAGCUGACCUAUCAGGUUUACGGCCUGACCCUGGAGGGGCAGACCCCAGUGGCCACCGCACCCCCUGGCGCUCGCUGGCUGACCCGGGAGGAGUUCCACUCUGCAGCUGUCUCCACUGCCAUGAAAAAGGUGUUCCGGGUGUACGAGGGUCAGCAGCCAGGAACCCGCAAGAGUUUCAAAAGGUCCCGGGUGUCGGUCUCGUCCAGCCGGAAGAAGCCCAGCCGGGGCCAGCAAGUCCUAGAUGGUUUUUUCCAACCCCUUGUCCACACGGAUGCACCCAAGCUCAGCGGAACAGCCCAGUGAUGGACGGCUCUGGAAGUGGCCACCAGUGCUGAGAGGCCUGUAGUUAAUAAAGUGUUUUAUUUUCAUUUUGGA